AAGUCAAGGUGCGAACAUGAGGGACGAGGUGAAGAUGGACGCGAAUCGGUUGAUCGCCGAAGUCUACAAGCGGCCGGCGCUCUGGAACCAGAGACACAUCUCUUAUCACAAUCGCGAGGUGACCAACCGUGUCUGGAUGGAGAUCGCGCAAAUAUUCAAUCUUCCCAAGCCGAUGCUGAAGGCAAAGUGGAAGGGUUUGCGCGACACGUUCCGCGCCGAACUAAAGAAAGACCAGGUGUAUCGCAAGAGCAAGUAUCACCGGAACCGGCCAGUAUGGAUUCAUUUCAAAAGCCUGCAGUUUCUGAAGGAACAGAUGCUGCCGCGGCCGCCUAUCUGGGAGCGCAAUAUCGCCAAGACGGAGGAUGAGCUGCAACCGAACGAGAGUGACGCCGAGAAUGGCAUUGCGACUUCCGGUAUCGACGGCGGUCUCGAUGAUCGUGACGCGAUCGCCGAUCACUUGUUGGCGAUGGCUGGCGAAGGUAACCAUCAUCAUCAGCUCAAGAUGGACGGCAGUGAAGGCCGGCGUGGCGCGGUGGAUGUGAAACGCGAACCCGUCGAGACUUUUGACAAUCUAGAGUUGCAGGGCGUCACCGACAAUUUGGCGGAUAACGAAAUGAUGCUGCAGAACAUCUCGCCCGAACAGGUUUUAAUGAGCGACAACGACACCCUAACCGGCGUUGACCCGCUUGAAGGCAAUCGCUUCGACGAUAACUAUUACUUCCUAAUGAGCCUGCUGCCGCACAUCAGAACUCUCCCAGCCGAUCGCAGGAUGCUGCUCAGGAUGCAGAUGCAAGAACUCGUCUACAAGGAAGUCUACAAGAAAACCGCCGACGGCGAGCAAACGUACAAAACUUAAAAAUUGUAGCUUAUAUUCGACAUUGUAUUAUUCUUAAUUUAUUUUGCGCAAGUCUGUCGAUCUAACAAUAAGUUACGCAAAGAUCUGUGAAAAAAAAAAAA